AUGGUGCAGAAGGAGAGCCAGGCGGCGCUGGAGGAGCGGGAGAGCGAGCUCAACUCCAACCCUGCCGCCUCCGCGGGGGCAUCGUUGGAACCGCAGGCAGGUCCAGCACCCGGAGAAGACAACCCAGCCGGGGCCGGGGGAGCAGCGGUGGCCGGGGCGGCAGGAAGGGCUCGGAGGUUCCUGUGUGGCGUGGUGGAAGGAUUUUAUGGAAGACCGUGGGUUAUGGAACAGAGAAAAGAGCUCUUUAGAAGGCUCCAGAAAUGGGAAUUAAAUACAUAUUUGUAUGCUCCAAAAGAUGACUACAAACAUAGGAUGUUUUGGCGAGAGAUGUAUUCAGUGGAGGAAGCCGAGCAACUUAUGACUCUUAUCUCUGCUGCACGGGAAUAUGAGAUAGAGUUCAUCUAUGCUAUCUCACCUGGAUUGGAUAUUACUUUUUCUAACCCCAAGGAAGUGUCUACAUUGAAACGCAAACUGGACCAGGUUUCUCAGUUUGGAUGCAGGUCAUUUGCCUUGCUUUUUGAUGAUAUUGACCAUAAUAUGUGUGCAGCUGACAAAGAGGUAUUCAGUUCUUUUGCUCAUGCCCAGGUCUCCAUCACAAAUGAAAUUUAUCAAUACCUAGGAGAGCCAGAAACUUUCCUCUUUUGUCCCACAGAAUAUUGUGGCACUUUCUGUUAUCCAAAUGUGUCUCAGUCUCCUUAUUUAAGGACUGUGGGUGAAAAGCUUCUACCCGGAAUUGAGGUGCUUUGGACAGGUCCUAAAGUUGUUUCUAAAGAAAUUCCAGUAGAGUCCAUUGAAGAGGUUUCGAAGAUAAUUAAGAGAGCUCCAGUAAUCUGGGAUAACAUUCAUGCUAAUGAUUAUGAUCAGAAGAGACUGUUUCUGGGCCCAUACAAAGGAAGAUCCACAGAACUCAUCCCACGAUUAAAAGGAGUCUUGACUAAUCCAAAUUGUGAAUUUGAAGCCAACUAUGUUGCUAUCCACACCCUUGCCACCUGGUACAAAUCAAACAUGAAUGGAGUAAGGAAAGAUGUAGUUAUGACUGAUAGUGAAGACAGUACUGUAUCAAUCCAGAUAAAGUUAGAAAAUGAAGGCAGUGAUGAAGAUAUUGAAACUGAUGUACUCUAUAGUCCACAGAUGGCUCUGAAGUUAGCUUUAACAGAAUGGUUGCAGGAGUUUGGCGUACCUCAUCAAUACAGCAGCAGGCAGGUUGCCCACAGUGGAGCUAAAGCAACUGUAGUUGACGGGGCUCCUCUAGUUGCAGCACCCUCUUUAAAUGCCACAACUGUAGUUACAACUGUUUACCAGGAGCCCAUUAUGAGCCAGGGAGCAGCCUUGAGUGGUGAGCCUACAGCCCUGACCAAGGAAGAAGAAAAGAAACAACCAGAUGAGGAACCCAUGGACAUGGUGGUGGAAAAACAGGAAGAAACAGACCACAAGAAUGACAAUCAAAUACUAACUGAAAUUGUUGAAGCUAAAAUGGUGGAGGAAUUGAAACCAAUGGACACUGAUAAAGAAAGCAUCGCUGAAUCAAAAUCCCCAGAGAUGUCUAUGCAGGAGGAUUGCAUCAGUGAUAUUGCCCCUAUGCAGACUGAUGAACAGACAAACAAGGAGCAGUUUGUGCCUGGUCCAAAUGAAAAGCCUUUGUACACUGCAGAACCAGUGACUCUGGAGGAUUUGCAGUUACUUGCUGACCUAUUCUACCUUCCUUAUGAGCAUGGACCCAAAGGAGCGCAGAUGUUACGGGAGUUCCAGUGGCUUCGAGCAAAUAGCAGUGUUGUCAGUGUCAAUUGCAAAGGAAAAGACUCUGAAAAAAUUGAAGAAUGGCGGUCACGAGCAGCCAAGUUUGAAGAGAUGUGCGGACUAGUGAUGGGAAUGUUCACUCGGCUCUCCAAUUGUGCCAACAGGACAAUCCUUUAUGACAUGUACUCCUAUGUUUGGGAUAUCAAGAGUAUAAUGUCUAUGGUGAAGUCUUUUGUACAGUGGUUAGGGUGUCGUAGUCAUUCUUCAGCACAGUUCUUAAUUGGAGACCAAGAACCCUGGGCCUUUAGAGGUGGUCUAGCAGGAGAGUUCCAGCGUUUGCUGCCAAUUGAUGGGGCAAAUGACCUCUUUUUUCAACCACCCCCACUGACUCCUACCUCCAAAGUUUAUACUAUCAGACCAUAUUUUCCUAAAGAUGAGGCUUCCGUGUACAAGAUUUGCAGAGAAAUGUAUGACGAUGGAGUUGGUUUACCUUUUCAAAGUCAGCCUGACCUUAUUGGAGACAAGUUAGUAGGAGGGCUGCUUUCCCUUAGCCUGGAUUACUGUUUUGUCCUAGAAGAUGAAGAUGGCAUAUGUGGUUAUGCCCUGGGCACUGUAGAUGUGACCCCCUUCAUUAAAAAAUGUAAAAUUUCCUGGAUUCCCUUCAUGCAGGAGAAGUAUACCAAACCAAAUGGUGAUAAAGAACUCUCUGAGGCUGAGAAAAUAAUGUUGAGUUUCCAUGAAGAGCAGGAAGUACUGCCAGAAACUUUCCUUGCCAAUUUCCCUUCUCUGAUAAAGAUGGAUAUUCACAAAAAAGUAACAGAUCCAAGUGUAGCCAAAAGCAUGAUGGCUUGCCUUCUCUCUUCACUGAAAGCCAAUGGGUCCCGAGGGGCUUUCUGUGAAGUGAGACCUGAUGAUAAAAGAAUUUUGGAAUUUUACAGCAAGUUGGGCUGUUUUGAAAUUGCAAAAAUGGAAGGAUUUCCAAAGGAUGUGGUUAUACUUGGUCGGAGCCUGUGA